AUUCCACCACCACACACAUACUCUCACUACUGUAAAAAACCAAUUUCAUCUCUCUCUCUCUCUCUCUCUCUGGAUCUGCAAUUUGUUGUGUGUGUGUGUCUCUCUCUCUAAACGGUAAUUCCAAAGCUGAAUCCUAUCUGCAUUUUCCUAGUUUUCUAGCAAAAAUUCAUCUGAAGAGAGAUAAAGAUUUUUUGCUAGAAAUGGCGGAAACAAGACCGGCAAAGAGGAAACCCGUCUUCAAGAAGGUUGAUCAGCUGAAACCGGACACCAAGGGACAUACCUUGGUCGUGAAGGUUGUUAGCUCGAAGAUGGUAAUGCAGAAGGCCCGUCCUGAUGGAAUCCAAGUUCGUCAGGUGAGGAUCGCGGAAUGCUUGGUUGGAGAUGAAACCGGAACCAUCAUUUUCACUGCCAGAAAUGAUCAAGUUGACUUGAUGACAACCGGUGCAACAGUAAUCCUGCGCAACGCGAAAAUAGACAUGUUCAAGGGUUCUAUGAGGCUUGCUGUGGACAAAUGGGGUCGAGUUGAAGUAACCGAACCUGCCAGCUUCUCUGUGAAGGAAGAUAACAACUUGUCACUAGUGGAAUAUGAGCUGAUCAAUGUUAAUGAACUGGUUAAUCCUGGUGCUGGUGAAGUGGUUAACGCUGUUUGAAAAGUGACCUUCGCUAACGCAUUUCACAUCCCCGCUUGGAAACAGAUUUCGAUCAGUAUAAAGAUAUGGUUUUUCUGGUUAAUGAGGUGGUGGUACAUUGAUAUGUAGUUUUUCUCAGUGCCUGCCUAAGAAAGUUUCUUGUUUAGCAGACGUCGUGGAGCUAUUUCUACGGGAGUCUACUUGUACGAGGGGAGCCAUUGCAACUCUGGCCUACUACAGAGCUGGUAACUCCAAUCAAAUACUGUAAAAGGAACUUGCUUUUCUUUGAUUUGUAUUAGGCUAUGAGUUGUUGCUGUUAUGAGAUUAUCAUAUGGUUAUAUGCAAGUGGAGUUUCUGCCCUA